AUGGUGAUCAAAUUAGGGAUCCAAUAUCCUCAAAUAGUAUCGAAGCUAUCAAUAAAAUGCUUUAGACAGAAUUCUAUAAGAUUGCUACAUAAAAAGCAAUAUCAACCAAAAUUAAUAUCUUUAAACACUAUUACUAAGUCAAAUGUUAUACAAAAUUUGAUUUAUAACAAAAGAAGUUAUAGUUUAACUCCUGCUUCUCAUUUUAAAUGUUUAUCUCAGUUGAGCCAUGCACAUAUGUCUUCUUCAGAAAAUAAAAAUGAUACUAUUAUUAAGAGUGUAAAAAACGAGCUUUCAAAAUCCUCAGCCUCCAAGGUAAAAAAAGCAAAUGUUGUUGGUUCUACUACUGUUUCCAACACAACAACAAAAAAAUUACCAACAAUAUCCGAAUUAAAAAUCUUAAAAGAUCUUUUUAAAUAUAUAUGGCCUAAAGGAAAUAAUAAAGUUAGAAUUAGAGUUUUGAUUGCAUUAUCUUUAUUAAUAGGUGCUAAGAUACUGAACGUACAAGUUCCCUUUUUCUUCAAACAAACAAUCGAUUCAAUGAAUAUAGAUUGGUCACACCCUACUGUUACGUUGCCUGCAGCUAUCACAUUAACCAUCUUAUCAUAUGGUGUGGCCCGUUUUGGAGCAGUUUUGUUUGGUGAAUUAAGAAAUGCAGUCUUUGCUAAAGUCGCACAAGACGCUAUUAGAACAGUAUCCUUAGAAACAUUUAAACAUUUAAUGAAAUUGGAUUUGGGGUGGCAUCUGUCAAGACAGACAGGUGGUUUAACAAGAGCCAUGGAUAGAGGCACUAAAGGUAUUUCCUAUGUAUUAAAUGCCAUGGUCUUCCAUAUUAUCCCUAUUAGUUUUGAAAUAUCUAUUGUGUGCGGUAUUUUAACUCAUCAAUUUGGUGCAUCCUUUGCUGGUAUUACGUUUUUAACUAUGCUAUUGUAUUCAAUCUUCACCAUUAGAACUACUGCAUGGAGGACAGAAUUUAGAAGAGCAGCCAAUAGAGCUGAUAAUAAAGGUGCCAGUGUUGCAUUAGAUUCACUAAUUAACUUUGAAGCAGUUAAAUAUUUUAAUAAUGAAUCAUAUUUGGCUCAGAAAUAUAAUGCGGCAUUAGAAAACUAUAAAGAUUCACAAGUGAAAGUUGCCCAAUCUUUAGCAUUUUUGAACGCCGGCCAAAAUUUGAUUUUUACGUCGGCUUUAACUGGUAUGAUGUAUAUGGGUUGUACAGGUGUCCUAGGUGGUGAUUUGACUGUGGGUGAUUUAGUAUUAAUUAAUCAACUAGUGUUUCAACUUUCUGUCCCACUAAAUUUUCUAGGGAGUGUUUAUAGGGAACUAAAACAAUCGUUAAUCGAUAUGGAAUCUUUAUUUAAGAUAAGAAAAAAUGAAGUUAAGAUUCAGAACCCUGUUCAACCAAAAAUGCUACCAAAUUCUAAUAUAAAGCCAUAUGAAAUAAAAUUUGAAAAUGUCACCUUUGGAUAUGAACCAGAUCGUAAAAUCUUACAAAAUGCCAGCUUUAUGAUUAAUGGAGGUGAAAAGACAGCCAUUGUAGGUCCCUCAGGUAGCGGUAAAUCGACGAUUUUAAAGUUAGUGUUCAGAUUUUAUGAUCCUGAGGAAGGUAGGAUAUUAAUUAAUGGUGAGGAUAUUAGAAACUUCAAUUUGGAUUCGUUGAGGAAAGUUCUUGGUGUGGUGCCUCAGGAUACGCCUUUAUUUAAUGACACAAUCUGGGAAAAUGUGAAGUUUGGUAGAAUUGAUGCUACAGAUGAUGAAAUUAAUACAGUUAUUGAUAAGGCACAUUUACGACCCUUAAUUAAUAAGUUAGGGAAGGGUACAGAAACGAUUGUUGGUGAACGCGGAUUAAUGAUAAGUGGUGGGGAAAAACAAAGAUUGGCAAUUGCCAGAGUUUUACUAAAAGAUGCGUCGAUUAUGUUCUUUGAUGAAGCUACUAGUGCAUUGGACACACAUACCGAACAAAACUUGCUACGUACCAUAAGGUCCAACUUUAAGGACCGUACCAAGACCAGUGUAUACAUUGCCCAUAGACUAAGAACUGUAGCAGAUGCAGACAAGAUUAUAGUGCUGGAGGAGGGACGCGUCAAGGAAGAAGGUACACACACUGAAUUAUUAGCCCGCGAGAAAUCCCUGUACAAGGACCUUUGGAAUAUACAGGAAAAUCUCGAACUUAUUGAAAAUGAGAUCGAAGAGGAAGCAAAAAUGAUUAACCAACGCCCAUGA